UCCUGGUGGGCAACGUACAGCAUGGGAUUCUAAACUAUUUGAAUCAUUAAAUCCUAAUGAAUUAAGUAUUUAAUACAGUCUUUAUUUCUUGGAUUUUUGGAGCCUGUCAUUAAAAUGUAUUUGUAAUUGAGUGAUGGAAUCAUUUAUGUAAUAUGUUGCUUAUUCUGAUUUAACCCUCCUCAAGCUUCCAAAAUAAUAUGAUUGGCUCAUUUACAGCCAACAACAGCGCCUCCCCAAGCUUUACCCCAAUUCUGCUUAACUGUACUCUCUGCGCACCUGAGGAAGCGCGUAAACGAGGCGCAGCAUCUGUUGACGCGCAGGAAUUACGCGCGGUCCGAGCAUUCUCGAGAAGGUGCGUUUUCCCAGCAUCAUCGCCGUGACAUCAAGAGAGGCAGCCUCCCGGAAGAUGGGAACAUAUCUCCAAUGGAAUCACGAAGAAGGUUAUGAUCGGCGCGCAACGAAGGAGCGCAAUAUUCUGGAAUCAGGUCGUUGCGUAAACUUUCAACACAAACAGCUUGCGAGGUGGCAGAAAGGGGUGCCAUUGCUCUCCGGUGACAACUGGACUGUUUUUACACCAUCCUGCUAAAUAAGGAAGCAGGGCUGUCAGACAUAUGACCACCGUCCCGAUUUGGGCGCUGCUAUAGUACCCAUCGCAUCCCAUGAUCGAGCGCAAGGCGUCCAAUAAGGCUCAGCAUGCGACCCCCAUUUCACAUGUGGAGUGACAGCAGCGUCCCAUCAUCAGACGAGCAGCGUAUGCAGUACGGGGCAGUUGCCGCGCGCUCUCUCUCUAUCUCUCUCACUCACUCACUCUCUCUCUUUCUCUCUCUCGCUCUUCUCUUCUCCCCCCUCCCCUGAUAUGAUGUCAUGUAAGGAUGAAGGUGUCUGUUGAGGUGAGAUAGGGAUUUUGAUGAGUGGCAUUCUCCACGACCCGGGGCUUUGGAGCUGCACAACAUGGUCAUCACCACAUUAACCGCCACCCCAAGUUGUGUCGCGAUCUCUCCACGCUCCUCUGCCGCUCUCUUCUCGGGCCACCGUCGCAUGCCCGAAGUCCUGACCUGCCUCGCUAAAAUAAGCUUGCACCACCAUGCCGAAGGAAGAAAAAGCUAGAAGAGUGGUAUUUUUAGUGCCAUUAAUUUUGACCACGUGCCCCGAAGGUAAACCGGAUGGCCAUUGCGCAAAGGUCCCUCAUCAGUAUGUCCUGCGAGGCCAACGCGCAACACUGGCCAAGGACUGCUAUUCUGCUCUUGGGAUUGCUCCUAGUUGGGACUGCGUCCUCCAGUCCGCUUCCAAGUAGGACUAAUAGUACAACUUUACUGGAGAAGCGAUGGGAGACCCUCUUCUCCCGCUCCGUGCUGGGAAUCUCUGGAGAGAAACCAGAGCAAAACUGGGAGAACGACUAUUUGCUGGGCAUCAAAAGAGUGCGGAGGUUGUACUGCAAUGUAGGCAUCGGGUUUCACCUUCAGGUCCUCCCAGACGGCAAGAUAAACGGUGUACAUAAUGAGAACCAGUACAGUCUAAUAGAGAUUUCCACCGUGUCCAGAGGAGUGGUUAGCCUGUAUGGUGUGAAAAGCGAGUUGUUUGUCGCAAUGAAUAGCAGAGGAAGGAUGUACGGAACGCCUGUCUUUAAAGACGAGUGCAAGUUCAAAGAGACUCUGCUGCCAAAUAACUACAAUGCAUACGAGUCCGCCGUUUACAAGGGAUUCUACAUCGCUCUCAGCAAGCACGGUCGAGUGAAGCGAGGCAACAGAGCCACCACUGCUAUGACUGUCACUCACUUUCUCCCUCGAAUAUGAGCUGACUCUCGCAAUAAUUCUUCCUUUGCACUGGUCUCUUGAGAGAUCUGACGACUGUCCCAUGACAAUACAAGGAACUGCAAGAAUAUCACCAUAAUAGUACUCAUUCUUUUUUUAUAUGUAUAUUUGAAUAGGUCAGCUUUUUAUUAGAAACCCUUGAGUACGCUAUUCAUCGCUGCUUCCGUCUUUUAUUUCCACAUUUUCGAUUACGAAUGUGGAGGUUCCUCAGCCUUCCUGUCUCUAGUCCGGUGCUUGCCAAGAAUGGAACUUUGAGCGGAUAAUGAAGACCUCCUUGGCUUAUUAACUGUGUAAUUACAUUUUUAUUACCUCAAAGAGCUACAGUGGCGCUUGAAAUUUUGUAAACCUUUAGACCUUGUUCACACUGUCAGUCCAAAUCAGAUUUUUCAACAUAUCCGAUCAUAUCUAGCACGUGGAACGGCAAAAACAAACAAAACAAAUUUACACUCUGCAUAGAUUUGGAAAACCUAUUUCACAUUCUCACACCACGUAAAACGUAAGCACGAUAUUGUUUAUUUUUUUGUCACACACCAAUCAGUCUGCACAGCGCUGCAUGAACUCAAGCAUUUUAAACACCUCCACCCAACGUCAUUGCUAUAGAAACCAAUGCAGCUAUUCCGGAAAAUAAAAAAGUGUUACAAGACACACAAAUUGGAUCUGAAUAGUUGUGAGACACACCGUGGACAGUUGGAUAUACACCAAAAUUGUAUUUAAACUGACAGUGUAAACAUAGGCUUAGAAUCAACAAAUAGGGUAUAUACAAAUGCUAAAGGGGGUCGCACACCGGAUGCGCAGCUCAGCGCCGCGUCGAGUCGCGUCUAGGACAACUCGGAGGUAUCGUAAACCGGAAGUGCAUAUUAAAUAGCGCGAGCUUAGUCAGAUAGCGCAAUGUUAAUCGUUAAUGAUUUGGGACAAAUAUGAUGUUAUUUAAUGUUAAACUAUGUGAGUGGCGCGACAGGGAUUUGAGCAACUUCCUGAGUCAAACCUGUCGGCGCCGGUGUGCGUAUACUCAUAGAAAACAAUGUGUUCGAUUUUUUUAGAAUGGCGCAGCGCUGAGUGUGAGACCCCCUUUAGAGAAAGAGAUCCUAGGUAGCAAUGAUACAAAAAUAAUAUACUUGGUCAUUUUUUAUUUAUUUACUGAGAAAAACGAUCCAGUUUUCUGUGAGUGGCACAAGUUUGGGAACCUCUAGGAUAAACUCUUAGUUUUAAAAUUUAAGAUCAGGUGUAAGCGCCCUGUUUUAUUUAAAGCACAGAGAUGUGUCAAGGUCUGAUCUUCAUAUGAGUUGAUGAUGCUCAAGAAAGUUUGGACUCCACCAACCAGACAGUCUGUGUACAAAUGGAGGAGAUUUCAGACCAUUAUUUCCUUACCCAGGAGUGGUCAACCAACAAAAAUCUCUCAAAGAACAGGACGCAUAGUAGUCUGCGUGGUCACAAAGGAAGCCAGGGUAAAACUUAAGGUCUCUCUUACAUCAGCUAAUGGUAAUGUUAAUAAGUCCCCCACCAGAACACUGAAAAACAAUGUUGUUGCAGGCAUAGAUAUGUAUAAAGGCUAGAUGUCUCGCCGGCGCUGCUGGCCAAUUGAGUGGAACAUCCACAUUUGGUGGCCAUCUUACCACAGGAAGCUUUUUUCAAUUUCAUGAAACAUGUUAAAGCAUCCAGAAUUAUAGCCACGUCAGGGCUCCAGACUGCCAUCAAAUGGGGGCAUUUUGCCACCAAAAUUUCAGAGUGUGCCACUGAAUUUUACAUCCAGUCGCACAAGUGCGACCAGUAAAUUUGACCUUUUUUUGUGAUGUGACAAUGAAUUUGAAACAGCACAUUGUACUUUCUGCAUCUAUCAUUAAAGUAUUUAUUUGUAAUACAGUGGAAAUUAGUAGAAAUGUGAAUAUUUGGUUAGCAUGUUGAUUUACAAUGUGUGCCCGUAAAUUUUCUGGUUGCGCCCCUAAAAUUUUCAGUUGAGGGCCACUGUGCUCCUAGUGAAAAAAGUUAGUUUGGAGCCUUGCACGUUAAUAACAUUUGUAAGAAACCAAACCGUUUGAAAAUUGGUAGAAAAUUGAGCAAGUUAUGGUCAUUUAAAAGUACCUGCACCAUUAAAACUCAAUGCUACGAGUGAGCGAGCUGCCUGUGGUAAGAUGGCCGCCAGGUGAUGACGUUAGAGACUCCGCCGUAACACAUCUAGCCUUUAUACAUAUCUAUGGUUGCAGGUAAAAAGCCAAUCGUCUCCAAAUAACAGCGCUACCUGUCUGUCAUGACCUUAAUCUAAUGGAAAUAUUGUGAAAGAAUUUGAAUUGAUGUUACUGGACAAAGUCAGCUGCUCUUUCAUAUGGAUAAUUUUUCUCAGUAAAUAAAUAACCAAGUUUAAUAUUUUUCAAACAUUUGUUUAAUUAAGUUCAACUUGUAGGAAUAUGAUGAUGUUUAAGGUCAUAGUAAAGCAAAAAUACAGACAGUUGUGUAGGGUUUACAAAAUUUCAAGCACCUGAAUGGUUUAAAGAGUGCAAGAAGUUACAUCGAGAUGAUUCUUUGUUUUGAUUUCUCAGCUGAGACACAAGCAUUAUGUGUUGUUAUUUUUAUUUUGAGCAGAUAUUUAAUUCUGUUUUUCAUGAUGUGGGGUUGUGUGAGCACUUAAAGGAAAGCAGAUCUCUCUUGCUGCAUGUUGCGCUGAGGUGCCUUGGCAUUCCCACAAGCCGCCCCUUUAACAUGCAUGCUCUGAACGCCCCAGGGCGUCAGAAAUAGGGCUGAUAUGUUAGCCGGGGCCCCGCGGGGACUCUCCCACAAGGGCCCUGGAGAGGGGCGGGGAGGGGGUGUGCAUCUCUGCUUUAUUUUACUUUUCUCAAAUUAGAGAACGACGGCGUGUGAGCUCAUCUGAGACUACAGAGUGACUCACAGAGUGAGCCGCAACCAAAAAUUGCGAUGUCAUGUGUAGUUUGGAAGUGGCUGGAGGUGAAACAGUAUUUUUUCUAGUGGCGAUUACACCUCCUUCACCCUGUAUGAGCUUUGGGGCUGUGUGUUUUAUUUGUGGACUAGACUUUCUUAAGUUUGACACAUUUUUUGUAAAGAAAACCGAAAAAGUGAUGGAAAAAACUGCAGGGCAGCUGAUGCAAGCGCACACUGAAAAUGAUUCUGCCCACAAACUCGUUAAAAUAUUAUCGCUUAUCACAAGUUUGCCUGAACAAGAGGAGCACUUGAAAAAUAAGCUUUAAGCAUUGCUGUGAAUGGGGAAACCAAUGAAAAUCCUGUAAAUACUGUCUGUGCACUGAAUACAGAGCUUUGUCGCUAGUCGUUAAAUGUGUUUCAGAUUGCACUCUGCCAUCAAUGAUGGUACGCUAUCUGAUUCAAGGGAAUACGUGCAGUAUAUAUUUAUUUAUUUCUGGUGUGUGUGUGUGUCUGUGUGUGAAUCAAUCCUGGUAGAGGGGGCAGUGGAGCCUGGCGUGUGUUUCUGUGCCCUGUUGCUGCAGAGACACUGCAGUGGAAGUCAGCUCUGCUGGUGCUCUAUGCAAAUGUAAUUACAGGGCAGAUGCUGUGUGGCAUCCAAACUAAAGGACUGUGACAGAUUUUUUAUGAUUUUGGUCGUUCUUUGCUUGUUAGUCCUUUCGCCUGUCACCAAAUGUUUGCCAAAUGAGAGAGAUUUUUUUUAUAGAGAACUAGAAAGGAAUGAUGCUAUUUUAGAAAGACUUAUGAGUUACCACAGCUUGCUUGUUGUUUGUUCAAUCCGUUUGAAGUAUAUGUGGCUCCUGGGGGGUUGAAUACCUGAGGAGCAGAGGCCAUGCUGUUGACAUCUCCCUCACAUACAGAUAGUCCCGUAAAAACCACCGCGCACAGGAGCCUUGAGAUUCCAGUAUAGUGCUGGGAAUCUUUCCGGUUUCCCAUCCGACUUUGGUCCAAGGUCAUAGACAUGCACAAGAC